AUGGUGUACUACUUCACCUCCAACGUCGUCGAUCCCGCCGGCUUCAUCUACGUCGGCAAGGACAAGUAUGAGAAUGAGGACCUGAUCAAGUACGGCUGGGAGGAGGAUGUAUGCGCGCACAUCUACCUCCGCAUGCAAGAGGGCCAGACAUGGGACAACCUGCCCGAGGAUCUCGUCAUGGACCUGGCGCAGCUCACAAAGGCCAACUCCAUCGAGGGCAACAAAAAGGACAACAUCACCAUCAUCUACACGCCAUGGUCCAACCUAAAAAAGGACGGCAGCAUGGACGUCGGCCAGGUCAGCUUCAAGGACCAGCGCAAGGUCAGGCGCGUGCUCGUCCCGCAGCGCGAAAACCCCAUCGUCAACCGCCUCAACAAGACAAAGGUCGAGAAGAGGCCCGACCUCAAGCAGGAGCGCGACGACCGCCUCAAGGAGCUGCGCCGCCGCGACCAGGCCGAGACGCUGCAGAGGAGAAAAGAAGAAGCCAGGCAGGCCCAGGAGUGGAAGGAGAAGAAGUGGCAAAAGGACCACGCCUACGACGAGCUCUUCACCGAGGAGAACAUGGCAGCCACGAGCAACCAGGACCGCUCCGAAGACUGGGAGGACGACUUCAUGUGA